UGUGGGAGGAAGAGAGGUCCAGCUCUGCCGGGCUCGCCCCAGUGCUCUGUGGGAUACUGGAAGUCUCGAGCGUCUCCUCCCCGGCUCGCAGCUCGGCUCCGGGCGGCUCGGUGGCCGCCACGGUCGCACACCCCCCGCGUCCCCUCGCCUCUCCCUCGCCGCCGCCCCCUUCCCCCCCGCUCGCGAUAAGAAGAGCCGGCGGCAGGAGAGGGGGAUGAAGAUGGCGGACGCGAAGCAGAAGCGGAACGAGCAGCUGAAGCGUUGGAUCGGCUCGGAGACGGACCUCGAGCCGCCGGUGGUGAAGCGCCAGAAGACCAAGGUGAAGUUCGACGAUGGCGCCGUCUUCCUGGCCGCCUGCUCCAGCGGCGACACGGACGAGGUCCUCAAGCUGCUGCACCGAGGCGCCGACAUCAAUUACGCCAAUGUGGACGGACUCACCGCCCUGCACCAGGCUUGCAUUGAUGACAAUGUUGAUAUGGUGAAGUUUCUGGUAGAAAAUGGAGCAAAUAUCAAUCAACCUGACAAUGAAGGCUGGAUACCACUCCAUGCAGCCGCUUCCUGUGGAUAUCUUGAUAUUGCAGAGUUCCUGAUUGGUCAAGGAGCACAUGUAGGAGCUGUCAACAGUGAAGGAGACACACCUUUAGAUAUUGCAGAGGAGGAAGCAAUGGAAGAGCUACUUCAAAAUGAGGUUAAUCGGCAAGGUGUUGAUAUAGAAGCAGCUCGAAAAGAAGAAGAACGGAUAAUGCUCAGAGAUGCGAGGCAGUGGCUAAAUAGUGGCCAUAUCAGUGAUGUCCGGCAUGCAAAAUCUGGAGGUACUGCGCUCCACGUGGCAGCUGCCAAAGGCUAUACAGAAGUUUUAAAACUUUUAAUACAGGCAGGCUAUGAUGUUAAUAUUAAAGAUUAUGAUGGCUGGACACCUCUUCAUGCUGCAGCUCAUUGGGGUAAAGAAGAAGCAUGUCGAAUUUUAGUGGACAAUCUGUGUGAUAUGGAGAUGGUCAACAAAGUGGGCCAGACAGCCUUUGAUGUAGCAGAUGAAGACAUUUUAGGAUAUCUAGAAGAGUUGCAAAAGAAACAAAAUCUGCUUCAUAGUGAAAAACGGGAUAAGAAAUCUCCACUAAUCGAGUCAACAGCAAAUAUGGAAAAUAAUCAGCCCCAGAAGACGUUUAAGAAUUUGUUUUCCUUUCACAGCAAAGAAACACUGAUUAUUGAGCCGGAGAAAAAUGCAUCUCGCAUUGAGUCUCUGGAACAAGAAAAGGCUGAUGAGGAGGAGGAAGGAAAGAAGGACGAGUCGAGCUGCUCCAGCGAGGAAGACGAGGAGGAUGACUCAGAGUCCGAAGGGGAGGCCGAUAAGACAAAAGCAAUGGCUUCUGUAACUAAUGCUCACACUUCCAGCACACAAGCAGCUCCUGCAGCUGCAACGACGCCUACACUGUCUUCCAGCCAGGGUACCCCUACAUCACCUAUUAAAAAGUUUCCAACGUCAGCUACAAAAAUUUCUCCCAAAGAAGAAGAAAGAAAAGAUGAGUCCCCUGCGUCCUGGAGGUUAGGACUUAGAAAGACAGGCAGUUACGGUGCACUGGCGGAAAUCACCGCAGCUAAAGAGGCCCAGAAGGAAAAAGACACUGCAGGUGUAAUACGUUCUGCUUCAAGUCCAAGACUCUCAUCCUCUUUGGACAAUAAAGAAAAGGAAAAAGAUAGUAAAGGAACAAGACUUGCAUAUGUCGCACCUACAAUCCCGAGGAGACUAGCCAGUACAUCUGACAUUGAAGAGAAAGAGAACAGAGACUCUUCAAGUUUGCGAACAAGUAGUUCUUACACAAGAAGAAAAUGGGACGAUGAUCUUAAAAAGAAUAGUUCAAUCAAUGAAGGAACCACUUACCAUAGAAGUUGCUCCUUUGGUAGAAGACAAGAUGAUUUGAUUAGUUCUAGUGUUCCAAGCACCACAUCAACACCAACAGUUACCUCUGCAGCUGGGCUUCAGAAAAGCCUACUCUCCAGCACAAGCACUGCUGCAAAGAUUCCCACGGGGUCUUCCUCUGCAGGCACACAGAGCAGUGCCUCAGAUCGUUUGUGGGCUGAGGAUAGCACUGAGAAAGAGCAGGACAGUGCUCCUCCCGCAGUGACCAUUCCUGUUGCUCCAGCUGUUGUAAAUGCCGCAGCUUCUACCACAACCCCGACUGCAACUACUGCUGGCACUGUUUCCUCCACAUCAGAGGUCAGGGAGAGACGCAGGUCAUACCUCACUCCCGUUAGGGACGAAGAGUCUGAAUCCCAAAGAAAAGCAAGAUCUAGACAAGCAAGACAGUCUAGAAGGUCAACACAGGGGGUAACGCUGACUGAUCUUCAGGAAGCUGAAAAAACAAUAGGAAGAAGUCGUUCUACAAGAACUAGAGAACAAGAAAAUGAAGAGAAAGAAAAAGAGGAAAAAGAAAAACAGGAUAAAGAGAAACAAGAAGAAAAGAAGGAGUCAGAAACAUCUAGAGAAGAUGAAUAUAAACAAAAGUAUUCCAGAACGUACGAUGAGACUUAUACACGUUACAGACCAGUAUCAACUUCCAGUUCAACCACUCCAUCAUCCUCCUCUCUUUCUACUGUAAGCAGUUCACUCUAUGCUUCAAGUCAACUAAACAGGCCAAACAGUCUUGUAGGGAUAACCUCUGCCUACUCACGGGGAUUAGCGAAAGAAAAUGAAAGAGAGGGAGAGAAAAAAGAAGACGAAAAAGAAGGUGAAGAUAAAUCACAAGCCAAAUCAAUCAGAGAGCGACGGCGACCUAGAGAAAAGAGACGGUCUACUGGAGUUUCCUUUUGGACACAAGAUAGUGAUGAAAAUGAGCAGGACCGGCAGUCAGAUACUGAAGACGGUUCCAAUAAGAAGGAGACCCAGACGGAUUCUGUUUCUAGGUAUGACAGCGGUUCCACAUCAUCGAGUGAUCGGUAUGACUCCUUGCUGGGUCGCUCUGGCUCUUACAGUUACUCAGAAGAAAGAAAACCUUACAGUAGCAGGCUAGAAAAGGAUGACUCAACUGACUUCAAAAAGCUUUAUGAACAAAUUUUAGCUGAAAAUGAAAAGCUAAAGGCACAGCUACACGAUACAAAUAUGGAACUAACGGAUCUAAAGUUGCAGUUGGAGAAGGCUACCCAGAGACAAGAAAGGUUUGCUGAUAGGUCACUAUUGGAGAUGGAGAAAAGGGAACGAAGAGCACUAGAAAGAAGAAUAUCUGAAAUGGAAGAAGAGCUCAAAAUGUUACCAGACUUAAAAGCAGACAACCAGAGGCUAAAGGAUGAGAAUGGGGCCUUGAUCAGAGUUAUAAGCAAACUUUCCAAGUAGUCUGGAGGACAGAACCAAGCAACAGCGGGACUUGCACAUCCUCCCCAGUGGACCAUGUUGGCAGUCACUGGACGCCUGAAAGAUCCUCUGGAGACUGUCAUUUUCCCACAUCCUGCCAAAUGCCCUCUUAUCUAGGAGUUUUGUUUCAUUAAAUUUUCUGCCCCACCCCCUUGGUUAUCAAGACCAUUGUUUCAUGUUAAAAGCAGCUGCUGAGAAGAAUCUUUUUUUCAAUGACUGAGAAAACUUGUUUACAGCUCCAGCAAAUAAAGAAAGUGUUCAAGGCCAGAUAUGCCUCAGAUAUUUAACCAGUAAGCCUUAGUUGUACAUAAAUACUUUUGUGUCAACAAAACUUCCGGCUCUCACAGAAGACAGUUAUUCAACAGUUUUUUUGUUUUGUUUUGUUUUUUUGAUGUGCCACAGUUUCUAGUUUCUCAAUAUUUAAAUUUUUUGCUUUACAUCUGUGUUUGGGUUUGUACCUUUUCCUUCUAGCUCUUUAUGUGGCAGAGUCUCUCUGUGUCCACACUCUUCUCAUUGACAGAACAAAACCUUGCUCUUCUGAGCUUCUUGUCACGCGUUAGGCUGAUGUGUUGCCUCCCACCUGGAACUGAAUUGCUCGGUGGACCAUCUGCUUUCACUGUUAGUGCAAUAUGCAUUUAUUUCUUAGAUGAAUGCUUUAAAGUCCUAUCUUCUGCCUUCAUCGGUCACUUUGUUUUGUUUUUUAUUGUAGUAUAAGAUGUUAGAUUCUGUAAUCUUCACAUUCAUUUUAGCAGGUACUGAGUGAUGCUGUAUAUAUAAAUAAGUGUAUUGUUUUGAUUUUUAGACCACCACAUGGCAUGCUUGACGAUUUUCUUAGUUCAGGUGUCUGCUAAUGCAAAGUAGGCUACUCCAUAAUGGUGUCUAAACAGACCCUGCUAACAGUGGGAUAUCAGGACCUUAAAAGUGACACGGUUUAUGGAGCCCUAUCUUUACAAGUUUUUCUACUGUAAAGUGCUUUGACUUUUGUUUUCAUUCAGUAGUAUUCAAACAUAUUAAAGUUGCAUAAGAUAAUUGCUUCUCAUUUCACAUGCCUAUAUUUAUCUGAGUGCUGUCUAAAACUGUUGUGCUAGCCAAAGUAGUGCUAUGAAAUCAUUUGCAGACUUAGUCUGUGAUUAAUGUUAAGUGCACUGUUACCGCCAUGUGAAGAGGCAUCCGCUUUGAUACCAUCGUCAUUGUUCAAACCGUUUUAUACAUUUCAGUGGCCUUUUUUUAAAGGAAAAAAUAAGCAAAACCAAGUCCAUGAUGAAAAUGACUUUUAUUUGGACAAAUAACUUUUAUAUUUUCAUUAAACCAUGCAAAAAAAAAUAUUACAUCUUCCUGGCACAUAACUGUCUCCUUAACCACUGAACAGUUCAGCCAUUUGAAUAAAUUGUACAUUGUAAAGCUUAUAGUAGCUGACUGUAUUAUUGAGCGUAUUGUAUACUAUAUUAAAUGUGAAUUUGUACCCCUUCAUUUUAAAAGGUCAUUGUGUUCUACUGCCUAUUUUAGAUGACUUUGGGUUGGGGAAGGGUGUUUGGUAAGUAGAAUUGUAAAGCUCUCUCUCUUGAUUGGUUUUAUGAAGAUAUAAGGCUAAUACUCUUACUACCAAGCUCAGGAUUCUUGAUCUUAAAGGUACAAGGAUAGGUGUGAGGAUUUUAUUUUUGGUUAUAUUUGAACUGUAUGAAUGGUGGGGUCUGAAUACAGAUUAUGUCAUGGUCUAAUGAGGAGGUAAAACACACAGAUAAUUGAUCAGUUUGAGUGACUGCAAUGCGUUCCGGGUGCACAACAGUUAGGCAUGCUGUGGUUUUUAUUUGUGAAGUUUGGAUGCCUGUGAAGAAUGAUUCAAUACAUGUUUCUAAUAUUUUAGUGUUUUGUAUUUAGGUUAUUUAUUCUUUGUAUCUAAAAUUGAACAGCUACUGUGCUAUAAUGACUUUAUUGGUAGUAUUGAGCAGACCUUGUUUCUGCAUGAAACUAGUUGCAAAACCCACUAUUUUGGAAAUAAAAAAUGUAUUUUGACAUAUACAAAUAAAAUGAAUAAACCUAUUUUAAAUGUGUGAACUUUUAAUGAAAACAGUUUAAAUUUUGUUCUGAGAUAUUUAAAUUCUGCAUGGGUAUUUUCUCACUAAUUGCUUUACUUGGAUACCAAUUUGAAUAAUUUUUGAAAUUGUAAUAUUGUGAUAAUUUGCACAGCAAUGUACAUGCUCAUCUGUAAAUGCGAUCUUAAUGGCCAUAUUUAUGCAAUCUGUGUACCAAUUUGGACAAAUGUUUAUGUAUUUUACAUAAAGCUAUCUAUAUGCAGAAUCUGAUAACUAGUUUUUUAUGGCAAAUGGCUAAAAACAAUGGUAACUGAGACUCAAGAUAGUUGCUUUGUAGCAUGAGAUUUCAUUUCCAUAAACAUUUGCA